UAUAGUGUGCCAUGCCUUAAAUCCUGCUCACUUGUGGGAGAGCUAAGAAGCAGGAGCCUGCAGAGGACAGAUGAGUCCCCCAAUGAAAGAAACAACUAUUCACAGUGGGCCUGGAUAGAGCCAUCUUAAAAAGAAUGCAGGUAUAUAUUUCGCAAUGAAGAAAUAUUGUUUACUUUGAUAGGAACCAACACUGGGGCAAGGACCAGUUUUAGUCCGUCUAUAAUUCUGCGGUGGCCUGUAACUAUGGCUGAUUUAUUUUUGGGCAAAGUUUUGGUGAAAAAUAACCGUGACCAAGACGAGCUGGACACAGAGCGAGAGAUUUGGGAGCGCCUGCAAAACCGCGUGAUCCUUCUGUUCUUCGCAAGAUCAAGGGACUCACAAUGCCAAGAAUUCGCGCCCCUUCUGAAGGAUUUCUUUGUGCGGCUGACUGACGAGUUCUACGUAAACCGAGCGUCCCAGCUUGCCUUAGUCUAUGUGUCGCUGGACCAGAGCGAGGAGGAGCAGGAGAAAUUUCUUAAGGAUAUGCCAAAACGCUGCUUGUUUGUUCCCUUUAAAGAUGAAGAAUUCAGGAGAAAUCUUGAAGCUCAGUUUGCAGUGUCUCAUGUUCCGGUCCUUGUUGUCCUUAAGCCUUCUGGUCAUGUGAUCUCAUUCAACGCAGUGGAUGAAGUGGUGCGACUUGGACCCCCGUGUUUCAAAAACUGGCAGGAAGUCUCUGAGAUUAUCGACAGGAGCUUCCUGCUCCCAGAAUUCACGGAUGACCGAGCAGGUCGGAGCAUGACCGACCCCAUCCGUAGGAUUAAGUACAAAGUGGAAAGCCCCGACGACAAGAAAAAGAGAAAGCACUGCGACGAUGAAGAGGAAGGAGGGGGCGGAGGAACUGAGCUCUUCUGAUCAACUUUAUAUCAAUUAGAAUGGGAAAUUUGAUCAAUGUGAAGACAUUGUUUAUCAAAAUGAACUGUUUUAACAUAUGUACAGAUCUCAAGAGACACUUUAAUGUUAAUAUUUAGGGGUUUGAUGGACCGUAGCGGAGCUGCAUAUUACUCUUUUGCUAAUAAAAUGUACUUACAAAA